AUGAUGAGACCAACAACAGCAAUAUCAUUCUUUUUCGUGCUUUCCUUGGUCGUUACCUUCUUCUUGUUUGUCUCCUCCACACAAGCCAUUGAUUAUUCCCAAGUCUUGAAGAAUUAUGUUCAAACUCCAGAGAGUGUCUUUUCAUACUCAUUACUCGCCACUGUUCCAACUCCAGUCGCUACCGUCUAUGUCUUGAAUAUCACCACUUUGAGUUGGUUAACACCUUCAGAAGUUGGAAUUAGAAACACCUAUUUCCAAUAUGCCACUGUGGCUGUUCCUGCCACUUUGGAUCGUACCAAGAAUCAAGCAACCAUCUACAUUACUGGUGGAAACAAUCUUCAAGCUCCUCCUGGACCUGACCCAGUGUUGACUCCAUUCGCUUUUGCCUCUGCCAGUGUUGGUAUUACUUUGUACGACAUUCCAAAUCAACCCAUGACUUAUGCCUCUGAUCCAACUCAAGCAGUGAGAAGUGAAGAUGCGAUUAUUGCAUUUGGUUGGGCACGUUUCUUGAAUGAUACUACUCAAACUUCGUAUGUGACUCAAUUACCAAUGGUUAAGGCGAGUAAGCUUGCAAUGGACGCUGUGGUUGAUUUUGUAAAGAAGACUGUGAAUUAUGAGAUUCAAUAUUUUACUGUGAUUGGAGCUUCCAAGAGAGGAUGGACCACCUUGUUGCUUGCUGGUGUCGAUUCACGUGUCAAGUCCAUUAUUCCAGCAGUCAUUCCAGUCUUUGAAAUUAAGAAAGUAUUCGAAUCGGUUUAUAAUGGUUUGUGUGCUUGGCCUAUGGUCAUGAAGGAUUAUGUGUUGGCCAAUGUGGUUGACUUUUUGUACACUCCUGCUUUUAACAAGUUGGCCAAGAUUAUUGAUCCAGCCAAUUAUCCUCGAUUGGGAUCCAUUCAAAAGUAUCAAAUCUUUGGUUUGGGUGAUGAAUUCUUUGCUCCAAAUUUGAAUGAUGUUGGUUAUGACUCCAUUGAAGGAGAUGACUAUAUUCGAUACAUUCCAAACACUGGCCAUUCCUUGUCCAAUUCCGAUGUUUUCCAAGUCAUCUUGUCCUAUCAAGUCGCUCGUUUGAAGAAUCUCGAAUUACCCAAAUACAAAUUCUCUCAUGAAUUCGUCGAGGAAGGUCUCAUCAUCAAACUCAGGGUCACCAAUGGUAAAUUACCAACCCGUGUCAAUGUAUGGUCAGCCACAAAUCCAAAUGCUCGUGAUUUCAGAACCUAUGUGAUUGGUGCUAAUGUUUGGAAUUCGACUGUCAUUCAAGAAACCAAGCCAUUCCAUUGGCAAGUCUUUAUUCGAAAUCCACCAAAGGGAUAUACUGCUGCCACUGUGGAAUUGGUUUAUGAAAAUUAUGUGACUUCAAGUGUUCCUGGUGUGGCCAUGGCUCCUUUGAAGUUCACUACGAAUGCCUACAUUACACCAGAUACUACUCCUUGUGAAAUUGACCCUGAGAAUCCUCCCACUCAUAACAUGAGUUAA